AUGUCAGAAGAAUUGGGAAAAGUCUCAGAGCACCUUCUCACUUCUACAUCAAUUCUAUCUCACACCUACGGUGCCCCAACUUAUGCCAGGGGAGAAACAUACCAGGGAAGUGAUGUAAUACAUGACGAGAUCCAAUCCCUAGAAACGGAAUACGUUAAUUUGUAUCAUGAACUCACAACAAAGUCCAAUAGACUUUUGUACUUGAACAGACUACAAGAAUUGGAGUCAAUGUCAGAUGCUUCUAUCCAGGAGCGUUAUGAUCAAGUUAAACAAAAAUUCCACAUGAUAGCUCCAGAAAAGCUAGAAGAUUUCCUUAAAGUACAAAUUCAGACAGUGAAGACAGAAGCAAUUUUGAAUGGGUUGUUACAGAAAGCGUUACCCGUGCUAAGAGCUAUUCAUCAGGCUAACAAGGAUUUGAACUCUUCAGAAAUGGAUAUGCUUACCAAUUUAGAGAAAUUAUAUGCACAAAAGGGUUUAAACUAUGACCUAAUGAAAAAAGUAGAAUCCGUUGAAGAUUCUAGGAACAAAUACAGCGAGAAUACCGUCAAGCUUUCCAAUUUAAUAGACACUUCAUUGAAGCCAGAGAUCGGCACCCUCCAAAAGUUAAACGAACAGUUGAAUGAAAAAUCUAGAUCCUAUAUAGCGAACAAGCUGGAGAGGUUAGGAAACGAGAUGGAAAAUGUUUCUAGUAAAGAACAGAAACAAAUACAACGGUCAUUUCAAGAAUUGGUGACAAAAUGGGACUUUCUCUCUAAAUUAUGCGAGUUCCUUCCAUCAUUCAUCACCAGCUUGCCAAUAAAUUGGUAUGCUGAUAAGGAUUUGUUUGGAAUCAUACAAGAUUGUGAAACAAUUGCAGAGAGAUUAGCUAGACUUCAACAGAUAUUAAACGUGGAAAGUAUCAGCAAAUAUAGCAUUAAAGACUUGAUGAUGUUAGAGUUCGAGGAGGUCGAACAGGGUGAUUAA